AUGGCGUCGACUCCCGAGAGCGCAAAAAUGAAUGACUCGCGGCGCUCGGAGGAGUCCAUUCGCACUUCUUCCCCGCGUUCCUCGGCGCAGCACGAUACCAGAAAACCACCGGUUCCGAAGGCAUUGCAGUCCAAAACAGCCAGGGGAGAAACUCCGCAGCAGAGCUUUAUGAAUGGGCUGGAACGGGAGUUCAAGGUCAAACAUCUCAGUUUAUUAGGGGUGUUUGGGUGGUUACUACUCUUGCAUGUCGCGGGUAUUUUCUUCUUCACCAAGGGAUUCCUCCUCACCCGGAUGGUGCUGGAGAACAAAUCGUCGUGUGAUGUUCUACCGUUUGACGAUGCGGCGCUACAAUCAGGUUCUCGUGGUGGAAACGACGGAUGCUGGCACCAGAAAACGUUUGACAAAGCGAUUGUCAUAAUCGUUGAUGCCUUGAGGUAUGAUUUUACCGUUCCAUUUGCGCCGCGGGCCGACGGUGAAAUGGCCCAUCUGUACCAUGACAACAUUCCUGUUCUGUACGAGACGGCGGUCAAUACCCCGCAAAAUGCGUUCUUGCUGCCUUUCAUUGCGGACCCUCCCACGACGACUCUGCAGCGCCUCAAGGGCUUGACGACGGGAACACUGCCGACAUUCGUCGACGCCGGCUCCAACUUUGCUGGCACUGCAAUUGACGAGGAUAAUCUGGUCGCUCAGUUGCGAGCCGCGGGGAAGAAUCUGGUACACCUUGGGGAUGAUACGUGGCAUGCUCUGUUCCCGGACUACUUCGAUGCCAAUCUCACGCGCCCGUUUGACUCGUUCAAUGUGUGGGACCUACACACUGUUGACAAUGGCGUGAAUGAGCAUCUCUUCCCCCUUUUGCACCCGGAAAACGUGACGAAAUGGGACGUGAUUUUUGGCCAUUAUCUGGGCGUCGAUCAUGCCGGCCACAGAUACGGACCGAACCAUCCAGCGAUGGGCGCCAAGCUGAAGGAAAUGGAUAACGUCAUUCGCGAUCUCAUUGCUAAGGUGGACGAGGACACCCUUCUGGUUAUCAUGGGAGACCAUGGAAUGGACUCGAAGGGUGACCAUGGUGGUGAAUCGAACGACGAAGUAGAUGCAGCGCUUUGGAUGUACUCGAAGAAAGGUGUGUUUGGUCGUACAAGCCCGGAAACCGUUGCGCCGCCGAAGACGGCCCGAGAACGGUUUGUGCCGCAGAUCGAUCUUGUACCAACGUUAUCUCUCCUACUUGGGAUGCCCAUUCCUUUCAAUAACCUCGGUGCGCCGAUCGAGGAAGCCUUCGCUGGUGCCCGGGGGAAUGAUUGGAAGAACCUUGUCGCCGUCAAUCGUCUCACCUCCGCUCAGAUCAAGAGAUACCAACACGAAUAUGCGACGAUCCGCGGUGCGGAUGAUGGCCAAGAGUUCCAAUCGCUAGGCUUGUGGAAGACAGCGGAAGAUGGGUGGAGAAUGCUGCAGAAGUCCGGAAAGCAAAACUUGGCGCAAGAUGUCUACGCCUCCUACAGGCAAUAUCAAAGGCACACCCUGGAGAUCUGUCGUGGUCUAUGGGCCAAGUUCGAUGUCCCAAGCAUGCUCCAGGGCGUUGGGAUUCUCUUUGCAGCUAUUGUUUUUCUGGUGUUCUAUGCACGAGGCAUCCGUGCCGACAGGACCGAACUCACCGAGUCUCUGCUACACACUGUUGCGCUAGGCUCAGGCGUCGGUGCUGCAACCGGGGGCUUCUUGGCGGUUUCCAGUGCAGUGGAUCUGAAAUUCAUUGAGUCAACAGCCUUGUUCGCGGCCGUAGGAAGUAUUGUCGGUGGAUCAUUCUCCAUCUUCAGGCCUGCAAACCACCUCGAGUUGCCUCUGCCAAAGACUGUGUGGGGCUGGCUUGCCAUUUUCUUCACUGUCUCUCAAUCCAUCGGGUUUGCAUCGAAUUCAUACACCAUUUGGGAAGAUGAGAUCCUCUUGUUCUUCCUUACCACCUUCGGUGUUGUCUCUGGUGUGUCCUCGAUGCGGCAAAAGACCACUUCCGACAGAGUUCUCGGAGUGUAUCACUCUAUCCUCUUUGUCAUUUUGGGGAGAGUUGCAUCAUUCUCUCGUCUUUGCAGAGAAGAACAAAUGCCGUUCUGUCGGUCUACCUACUACGCCUCCGCUACAUCCUCGACAUCAGCUCCAUGGCAGCUGGCUAUUCCUUUCAUUCUGACCCUCAUUCUCCCGGGCGUGGUGAAAUCUUUCUACGCUGGGUCUAAAUCAUAUGAGGGGACUGCGACCCUCUGGGUCGGCAUGGGUUUCCGGCUAGGGCUGUUCCUCACCUCCCUGUUCUGGCUCCUCGAGGGUGCGGACGAUGGCGAAUGGCUCCCAGUCAGCAAGGAAAUAUUAAAGUCGACGCGGGUAUUUUUAGCUCAAAUCGUACUUGCGCUUGCCUUUGCUGCUGGCACAACUGCGUUCAUAUACUCGAAACCAUGUGUGACCAUCGAUGUCACGCAAGGAAGUUCCGAACCGGACAGCAAGAACAAGUCUCCGGCCGCGUCCCAACAAACAGGAAGAGCAACUGUCACCAUCCUUGGAUUCGGAAACGUGUACGGAACGCGGUUUUUCCUCUUGGUCGUCAACUUCUGCCUUGGAAUUAUCCUUAUGCAAAAGCCCAUGGGCCAGGGAGCUAUUGGUCUGCUUAUGUGGCAGAUAUUAUCUCUUCUCGAGAUUCUUGAUACCAACGCGCUGGUGAUGAGCAACUCGGCUAUCGGACCGGUUGUUUUGGCGCUAUUGGGUUCAUUCUACUUUUUCAAGACCGGUCAUCAGGCGGUGCUGAGCAGUAUCCAGUGGGAAACCGCUUUCAUCCCUCUUUCCUCCGUGAAAUAUCCCUGGUCUCCUCUUUUGGUUAUUCUAAAUACCUUCGGAGCGCAAAUCCUCACCGCUAUUGCCGUCCCUCUUACUGUCCUCUGGAAACGGCCUCUACUACUGAGCGAACCGUCGAAGUCGACUGGCUCGAGGCCCGAGAAGCCGAUCAACCCUGCCAUCAAGAUCCUUUCCGACGUUGUGCAAGCAGCUUGCACGUAUAUGCUCUAUUUCGCCACCGUCAAUCUCGCAACCACUAUGUGGGCUGGCCAUUUGCGCCGUCACCUCAUGCUGUACCGUAUCUUCAGCCCGCGUUUUAUGAUGGGUGCGGUGGCCCUGGGCGUUGUUGACACUGUCCUCAUGCUUGUCGCUGUGCUGGGUGUGCGGUACAGCACUCUGAGUGUGGGAGACAUCUUUGGGUGGUGA